UAAACGCAAACAUGCAACACAUCACGCUCGAGAGAAGUGACACUUCUACUCUUCAGGAGUAUGUCACCUCCAUCCUCCCCGACUCGUUUCGCCCUAACUUCGGCGAGGACCUCGAUCUUCACAGGCCUCUAGACUUGGGUCAGGAACCGCCAUGCUUGUGGCCUGACGAAACGGAUGGCGACUUCAACCUCAGGUCUCGAGUUGAGGCAAACCACAACCCAGACGACUUGCUGUGGUCUGCUGCUGGCCUCGACCUUGGGUCUCGGGCUGAAGCAAGCCACAAUGUAAACGGUGAUAUGUGGUCUACUUCCGAUGGCAACUUCGGUUCAGGGACAGAGGCAAACUACAACGCAGAUGACUUGUGGUCUGCUUCUAAGGGCGACCUCAACCUUGAGACAAACUACAAUUCAAACGGGCAUUCGUGGUCUACUAAAAGCAGCUUCAAUCUGAGAUGUGACACGGACCGUGGAGGACCGAUUCCCUGGGUUGACGGCGCACUGGCUGAGCCGACCUGUUCGAGAAAGCCGGAGAGGAAUUCCCAUUCCUUUGGGGAAAAUACGUCCACACCAACAAAUAUCUGUGAAAUAUAUAAUCAGAAUUUGUUUGGCUUUGGGGACGAGGAACCGCAGCUGGACCAAGGACUUCAGCUUACAGACGGUCCUUUGUUGCUGGACUCUGGAGACCCUUGCAACAGCAGGCGCACAGCAGAGUUCGCUGACGCUCCCUCGCCGCCCCCUGCAGCAGGAAGGAAGGGAUACCGACACAGACACGCCCGGAAGUACCUGAACGACGAAGUUCUCCAGAAGGAACGGAACCGCGAACUCAACAACGAGGCGUCGGCCCUGUACCGGAAGAGGAAGAAAGAGACCGCCUCUAAGUCGGAAGAUCAUCUGCGACAUUUGCAGCAAGAAAAUGAUCAUCUGUGCAAUAAACUACAACUCCUGACCGUGCAAAGUGACUGGUGCCACGACGUUUACGUGAAGUACAACGAUUAUUUUGCACCGUCCCUAGACGGCACCUUGCUUCCCUAAGAUAAAACCAUCAAAUGUAACCUUAGACUUUGAAUCUCUCAGUAUUAUUUCAUUAAACAUAAA